CAAGUGUUUCUCUAUCUUUUCUUUCUAAAGACAAGUGCAUCCCAUAGACUAUUUGUAAAGCAUAUGUCUCCCUAACAAAUCCUAUUUUCCUAUCGCCUUUCAUUGGAGGACAGACUUAUUCCGUCGGGAAAAAAACUGGUUUGAGGAUACCAUUACCCCAUAUUCAGCAGCUCCAGAAACAGAACUGAAAAGAAGCUGAACGAGGAAGCAGCGAAACACGAAGAAAAGCAGAAGUGGGAGCCUGGAGGCCUGACACUCCUCCUCGAGGGGGGACUGAAGCCUUGGGGCCAGCUGUGGCCUGGCGCUGUUGCACGCGACAUCUGUGCUGGAGAGAUGGCCUGGUGGUACCAGGCCACAUGGCUGCCCCUGGCUCUGCUGCUUCUCUGGGUCCCAGGCUGUUUGUCCCUGAGGGGCCCCAGCAGAGUGACAGGCGUUGUGGGGGGAUCCCUGAGCGUGGAGUGUCGGUACGCGGAGAAAUACAAAGACAACAGCAAAUACUGGUGCAAAGCCCCAUGUUUGUUACCGUGGAAGACUGUGGAGACCAAAGAGCCAGAGAGAGAAGUAAUGCGGGGCCACGUGUCCAUCAGGGACCAUCCUGCAAACCUCACCUUCACAGUGACCUUGGAGAGCCUCAGGGAGGACCAAGCAGGAACGUACGAGUGUGGGAUCACGGUACCAUUUUCACUUGACCCCACCGUCCAGGUUGUGGUGUCUGUGUCCCCAGCACCAGUGCCAACCCACCCUACUGCUGUGGCCGAGACCUCGACAAUCACAAUCAGUAUUUCAACAAUGUCAUUCACCGCCCUGGCCAUGGCGCAUCCCACCUACAGCGCCAGCAACGAGGAGGAAGCCAUGCAGGGGUGGGGGCUCCAAGUGCUGCUGGCCUUGUUAGCACUUCUGCUGCUUCUGUUGGGGGGCAUCUCACUGCUGGCCUGGAGAAUGGUUCAGAGACGGAUCAAAUCUGGUGAGAAUCCAGAGCCUCCCCAGAAACCCAGUCAGGCUACUGAGCAGAGUGAACCCUGCUAUGAGAAUCUAGAGCUGCAGAUGUGGCCCCUUCUGGAACAGCCCGUUCGACCCACACAGGAGGAGGUGGAAUACAGCAACUUGGGAUGUUUGUUAAAACGUCACCAUCCACCCAGAUGGAGGAGACAUCUGUUUGGAGUUCCCCCAGUAUGUUCUAAUCAAGUCUGUAUUCAUUCGUUUGCUCAUUCACUCAUCCAUCUACCUAGUCAUUGGUUCAACAAAAAUUAUUUGAACACUCAAAGGUACUAUUAAAUGCAGCAGUGAAACUCUAGCAGCAAAUACAGUAGAGAAAAAGAUACACCAUAAAAAUAAAUAAAUAAAUUAAAAAAAAAAGAUACACCAUACCUGUUUUCAGAGAGCUUGCUGUCUAGUGGGAGCAAUAUUAAAUUACAAAAUGAAAACAGCCAGAGGAAUAGCCAGGUGGCCUCAUGCAUCUGUGAAGCCUGACCACGACACGACGGUAGGUGGAACCCUUCACAUACAACACGGUGUUGAGUGGUGUCCCCUGAUGCCGUGCAACAUGGACUCCUGGCAAUGAGGAUUUGAAAGGUGGAUGUGAAGAGUGUUGAGGGGCCCCAUAAUGUGGACAGGGGCUUAGUCAUAUACCUGUGCAGAGUAAGUGCUCAAAAACAUUUGUUGACACGAACUGAAUUCGGUCCAGUCACAUUCCAAGCUUGACCGAAAGCGGCCCUUAGAGGUAUCCCAUUUCCAAUCAGACAGUGACCUCUGCAGGGUGGUUUAAAACAUAGAAGGACAUGGUAGAAGAUAGACUCUAAGACCUAAGAGGUUCUUUGCAGGACUCUGUCCUCUCAAAUGGAGUGAAUUUUAAGAUAUUUAUUUAGUCUGAAUUUUCACCAAUUAGAAAGAAAUCCUCUGUAAAAUGCGAAUAUCUAGGGUAUCAGUCAGGGGAAUUGAUGCUAGCUGCUGUAACAACCACAACCAUGAAACUGGUUGGCAUGGCAGUGGGGGCCAGGUCAAGAUGGUAUUUCUGUUAUAGCUGCAUACUGUCCCCAACCCCUGUCCCAUGAAUCUCUAAGGUGUGGUGUAGGGAUGUUUCCCAGUGUAGACUGCCCAGCAUGGUUGCUACCCCUUGGGAGUCCUUAAUAUCACUUCCUGACAGUGGGUCUCAGUUGAGACCAUCCCAGUUCUCCAGAGGAGGUCUACCAGAGAAAGUGGGGCUGGCUCUCCAUCUUCUUUUCGCAGAAGUCUGGUUGCCUUAAUCUACACAGAUUUGCCCAACUUCCUUUCAGGAAGCUCUGCACACCGAAGGACAUUGGGAAAGGCAAUCUUUGCAAGCCAGAUAUUUUUUCAAGUUCUCUUAUAGCUUUCCUCCAGGGCUCCCGGGGGAAGUGUAUCGUAACUGCGUCAGGAAGAGCAGCAACCUGGUGACUCUUCCCUGAACAAAUACCUGCUCUAGGGUGAUUUGUCGGGAGAUGCCUCAACUUACCUUCGACUGGAUUUCAUAUUUUAAGUUGUAUUUAUUAAAAAUUAGGCAUCGUAUUACCCAAUUGAAAACUCAAAAUUUAUAGGAGAAUGUACAGUGAAAAUCAGUGCCCUUAUUCUUGUCCCUAGUCAUCCAGAGAUAAUGUUAAUAUUUCUUAUGUUUAUUCCCUUUUAAUCAUAUAGCAUAUAUCUAUACAGCAUAUAUCUCUAGC